AUGAGCAUCAACAAUGACCUGCUCGGCCUGGACAGCCAGGACACGCUGCCGGUCAUAUCCAUCUCGGCCUCGCAGUCUCUGAAUGCAUCGGCAACAGCUGCCCCGCCCAUCUCAACUGGAUUGACGCGUCUGGACGAGGCGCUGGACGACUCGCUCGAGCGUGGCGGGAUCCUGCGCGGCCAGGUCACCGAGGUAUUCGGGCCGCCGGGAGCUGGCAAGACCUCGCUUGCGUUAAAUAUUGCAUCAAAUUCAUUACGCGAAGGCGGGAAGGUGGUUUGGAUCGAUACGGGCUCGCCUCUACCACCACAUCGUCUCGCAUCAUUAACCACUGAUGAAAACUUGGGGAAUGUAAUCUACUUCCGAGCCCCAACACUCCCUCACCUCCUCGCUCUCAUCCUCCGCCCACCAAAAGUCUUCCCACCAGAAGAAACUUCCCUCAUUGUAAUCGACUCCGUCUCAUCCCAUUUCCCCGCCUACUUCCCCAACGCCGCAGAGCUAAAAGAGCAGCUGGCGAAAGGGAAAAUCAGCGACAAACAGCAGCUGCAGUGGCUGCUCAAUCGCAAAUGGAACGUUGCCAGCGACCUCGCCACCCAUCUCUCCCGUCUCACAGCGCGGAAUCUCGCCGUCCUCGCGAUUAACCAGACGCAUACGAAGAUUAAGAACCAGCCGCGUGCUACACUCCAUCCUAUUCUAUCUGGUGGUGCGUGGGAAAGUAGUGUGCAGACGAGAUUGGUUGUGUAUCGCGAUUUGCCGGAUACGCGAUUUGUGGAGGUUGUCAAGAGGGGUGGGAGGACGGUUACGGUUAGGGUGCCCGAGUUGAUUGUUUCGUUUUUGAUUGAGGAUGAUGGAUUGAAAGAGGUCAAAUCCGAUGGGGAUUCGUAUGAUCCUCGGGUCUUUGCUGAGCCGGAGACUCAGCCUGAGACUCAGCCUGAUAAUACACCCAGUCGUAAACGGAAGGCUGAGGAUGAAAUCGCCGAUAGUCAGGAUGAGGACUCGGAGGCUGAGAUUCAGUGGGAAGAGUCUCUGCUCGAGGCUGAGGGGGAGCAGAGCCAGAAGCUGAAGCCCGGGAUGCUGAAGCCCAGGAUGCUCCCUCCCAACCAUGAAUACGAAAUUAUCUUGCAUUUAGUAUCAAAUGGGUUUGUUUCAUAA